AGAGGGGACUGGAGGAGAGCAAAUCAUCACACCUGGCCAAGGGUUUGCUCCCCGCUCAGCAACAUGAGGAAUCAGAUAGACCUGCUGGCCACUGUCACGGUUCUGGGAGUCCUGGAGCAAGCCUAUUUUACGCUGCAGGUGAUCUAUGCCCGGCGGAAGUACAAGAUCUCCCCCCCUGCAACAACAGGUCACCCUGAAUUUGAGCGGAUCUUCAGAGCUCAGGUGAAUUGCUCAGAGUACUUCCCCAUCUUCAUCUCGCUCCUCUGGGUUGCUGGAAUCUUCUUCCAUCAAGGUGUGGCUGCGGCGUGUGGGCUGCUGUACCUCUACAUGCGCUUCAAGUAUUUCCAGGGAUACACCACGGCUGCGCAGGAACGGUUGGGGCCACUCUACGCCAGCUCUCGGCUGCUCUGGCUGCUGGUGGGGCUGGCUGCGGUUGGGCUCCUGGCACAUUUCCUGCUGUCCGGCUCCUUCACAUGGAUGGCAGUGCUGGCACAGCCCCUCCAGCUGCUCAGGGGCUGGUGAGCAGGGUCACUGUUCUCCCAAAAUCACUGCUUGCCCUCUCUGGAGGGGAGGGAGUUGCAUGGCACGGAUCAAGUAUCUCCCCAGCACUGCGCUUACCUUUGAAGGGAGGUGGAUGCUGGCACACGUCUCACAAAGCUCUGCUCUUCAGAGAGAAUGUCCUUUCUAGAAAGCAAAUGCUGCCCAGCCUCAGCCUGUGCGCUUCACAGCUGAAUUUUGUAGCACUGUCUGCUCUAAAACCUCUAAUGCCUUUGGCUCUGCCUCACAGAGCACAGGUUGACCCAUGCGCUGUCAUCGCUCCUCCUUACUGCUGCAAUCAUGUCUGUUGAAGGAUCACACCAUGGAUGUACAAAAAAUAAAUUCCUUUUCUCAGUAGAAACCACCUGUCAUUGUCAAAGGUGCUUGGGGGCUGGGUGUGAGAGGUUAGGGACAUGGGUUGCAUGGGAAAAGCUGCUGUUAUUAAAACUAACUUGAAAGGGUAGGUAAACUUGUUCUAAAACCUUAUCCAAACUUUGGGAAAAAAGCCUGACUCCAGUCCAAAUGCUCAUGUCUGUGUUUGGUAUUGAUUUGAAUGGUCUUGACUUGG